GUUUGCCUUCUGCUCGGUAACCAACAACGCGCAUGCGCAUUCAGUCCGUGACACAGGAAGUAGUUCUUUCAAGUGGCAUCGCGGACUAAAGAUGAGCAAUUCAGAUGUCAACAAGGAGUUUGCUGAGCAGCUACGUAUGCAGGAACUCUACAGUCAGAGAAAUGAGGAUGGCUCUGACCCGUGCACAUAUACUGAUCCAGAGGACGGCACCAUGUAUGACUGGGAUCAUGAAAAGAAAGCCUGGUUCCCAAAGAUAACAGAGGACUUCAUUGCAGCCUACCAGGCUAACUAUGGCUUCAAUCAAGAAGAUCCAGAUGCUAAAAAUGCUGCAGUGAGUAGCAGUAACGCAGUAGCCCCAAAGCCAGACAGCAAGCCUCCACAAAAAGAGACUCUCGAAAAUACUGUUCAGAACCCAAACCCAGACCAGCAUGAAACCCCAGCUACAGAAGCCAAGCAGAAAGGGGAGAAGAGGAAAGCAGAACCAGGAUGGUUUAAUAUCGACAAAGAGAAAAACACAAACGUCUAUGUGUCAGGUCUACCUCCAGACAUCAGCAUUGAAGAGUUUGUUGAUUUGAUGUCUAAAUGUGGCAUUGUGAUGCGAGACCCAGUCACAGAUGAAUACAAGGUCAAACUCUACAAGGACAAAGAUGGCAAUCUGAAAGGAGAUGGUCUUUGCUGCUAUCUCAAGAAGGAAUCUGUGGCGUUGGCAGAACGUCUGAUUGAUGAAACAGAGGUUAGAGGUUACAGAAUCCAUGUGGAAGCAGCACGUUUUGAGCUGAAGGGGGAGUAUGAUGCCAGCAAGAAGAAGAAGAAGAGCAAAGAUUAUAGAAAGAAGCUACAGCAGCAACAGAAACAGUUGGACUGGAGGCCAGAAAAACAAGAAGCAGCAAGGAAGAGACAUGAAAAAGUCGUCAUCAUCAGGAACAUGUUCCAUCCUAGUGACUUUGAGGAAGACCCGCUGGUGUUGAACGAGUACCGUGAGGAUCUACGGACAGAGUGUGAGAAGUUUGGGGAGGUCAAGAAGGUCCUGAUUUUUGAUAGACACCCAGAUGGUGUGGCAUCCAUCGCCUUUAAGGAGCCAGAAGAAGCUGACACGUGUGUUCUGGCAUUAAAUAGCCGUUGGUUUGGAGGAAGGCAACUGUCUGUUGAGCUCUGGGAUGGAACGACAGACUAUCAGGUGGAAGAGACAACAAGAGAGCGGGAGGAGCGGCUGAAGGGCUGGUCCAGUUUUCUCGAUGGAGGAGCUGGAGCCCAGCAGGGCAGCAGUACCACCACACCAACAGAGGGCGCCACCACCACAGAAAGGCUGGAGCCAUCAAGCAGCACAGAGCCUGAGCCGAGCUCAGACGGGUCCAAAGAGGAUCCAGGAGCAAAACCAGAGCCCUCACAGCAGCAAGAACAAGAAGUGGAGUCCACAGACAGCAGCCUGGCUGGGAGUGAUGAUGAGCAAGCCUAGACAUUUCACAUGCACAUCUUUAUUCCCUGUGGCAACCAGUUAGGACAGUCCUGUUGAAGGUGAACUGCAGCGUGUGUUUUCAUUGAAAGAUUUGGUCAGUGUUAUGUGUUGGUUCCCGUUGAUUGAAGUGUAAGUAGACGUGUACACAACACUCUGAUUAAUCCUGAAUACACAUUUUUCCUGU